GCAAAGGGAUACUUGUCCUGCUUUCACUGUGGAACUAAAGACAGGUACCGCCAGCCUUAUGACCCUGAAAACCAAUUUCAUGAGGCAGUAUGCAUGGGAAAGCUCAAAGUGGUGGUGCGACUCCUCAGGAAGAACCAAUUUCAUGUGAAUGAUGAGGAUGAAGGGAAACGAACUGCGCUCCACUUUGCAUGCUUCUAUGGCCAUAUCAAUCUGGUUUGUUUACUGUUAUUUAAGGACUGUGAGAUUAAUGCCCUUGACAAUCAAAUGUCCACACCACUAAUGAAGGCUGUACAAAGCUGGGAGACAGAGAUCGUGUCUGUCCUACUUGAUCAUGGAGCAGAUCCCAAUAUUAAAGAUUGCAAUGGAGAAGCAGCAAUCCACCAUGCAGUGUAUGUAGACAGGCCAGAUAUUGCCAGCAGUCUUCUUGAAUUUGGGGGAAACAUUGAAGAUACUACAAAGGAUGGGUUGACCCCUCUGCUGCUAGCACUCCGAGAAAGGAAACACCGCAUGGCAGCAUACCUAAUCACACACGGUGCGAAUCUUCACGUAUGUGAUAAAUAUCAAAGGAAAUCAGCCUGAAGAUGUCUUUUUAU